CACUCUGUAGAUCCUCUGUGUACAUAUGCCUGUGGCCUAAUCCAUGUGACUGAGGAAAUUACUUGUUAUUGAUGAAAGAUCACACUGAAAUACAUCUUUGAGUCUUCUUGUUUAAACCUAUGUUCUGUUUCUGUAAAUAAGAAAUCCAGCCACAGUCCAUAGCAUAAAAGCAAGCAAAGAGCCUGCUCCCCCACCAAACAUCUCAGCAGUCAAAACGCCACACUUCUGUUUAAUGCUUAGGUCACUGGACCUUAAAGUGGACAGGUCUUUAAAAAGAGAAUUGUCUUCGUUUUUAGAUAGAGAGGCUGUCUAUGGGUGGAACGGUUUGUAUAUAGCUUCCUUGCUUACUGUGUGGCCCAGGUGCCCAAACCAGCAGCCCAUUUCCAGCCAUUCCAGUUUUAGUUCUGGAAGGACUAGCCCUGCUGUGCAGCCACAGAACUCAAAACACGUCUGCCAUGCAGCAGCUAAAGGUUGGUGGCAGGUUCCUCAAGCCACUGUGCAGCUCUACGUAGCCAGUGAAGCAAUCCUCAUUGCACUAGUAGGAGCAACACCCCCUUACCACUGGGACCUUGAAGGGACUUUAGCUAAUCAGAGUCGCAACAAUGAGUCAACUAAUGAAGAAGGAUCUUUUGGAAAGUGGCUGCUAACAGCAAAUGGAAGUGAAGUUCAGAAACAUGUGCACUUUAGCAGCAACUUUACAUCAAUAGCUUCCGAGUGGUUUUUAAUUGGCAAUACAUCAUACAAGAUCAGUGCUGCUAGCUCAUUUUUCUUCUGUGGUGUGUUUGUGGGAGUAAUUACUUUUGGACAACUCUCGGAUCAUUUUGGACGAAAGAAAGUCUAUCUUGUAGGUUUUGCCCUUGACAUUGUGUUUGCUGUUGCUAAUGGAUUCUCCCCGUCUUAUGAGUUCUUUGCAGUCUCCCGCUUCUUCGUGGGAGUAAUGAACGGUGGGAUGUCAUUGGUGGCUUUUGUGCUGUUGAAUGAAUGUGUGGGCACAGCUUAUUGGGCUUUGGCAGGAUCAAUUGGUGGACUAUUCUUUGCUGUGGGAAUUGCCCAGUAUGCUUUGUUAGGAUAUCUCAUUCGCUCCUGGAGAAUGCUAGCAGUUGUGGUUAACCUGGAGGGAACACUAGUCUUUCUCCUGUCUCUAUUCAUUCCUGAAUCACCUCGUUGGCUGUACUCCCAAGGACGGCUGGGUGAAGCAGAAGAUGCUCUCUACCUCAUUGCAAAGAGGAACCGCAAGCCAAAGUGCAUUUUUUCACUUAAGCUUCCAGCUGAGCAGAGCUAUAAAGAUGGUGGUAGCUUCCUGGAUUUGUUCCGAUAUAAGAUCCUUCUGGGACGUACUCUCAUCAUGAUGUUCAUCUGGUUUGUGUGCAGUUUGGUUUAUUAUGGACUUACUCUCAAUGUAGGUGACAUGAGUGGCAGUGUCUAUGCAAACCUGGCUCUUUCUGGACUAAUAGAGAUUCCUGCAUACCCCCUCUGUAUUUACUUGAUUAGUAAAAAAUGGUUUGGCCGUAAACGGACACUUGCUAUGUUUUUGUCUCUAGGAGGACUGGCUUCCCUUUUUGUCAUGUUUCUUCCAGAAAAACAAGAUGCAGGAGUGCUUGCAGUUGUGAACAGUCGUUCAUUGUCUUUACUUGGAAAACUGACUAUCAGUUCAGCCUUCAACAUUGUUUAUAUCUACACCUCAGAACUUUAUCCUACCGUGAUAAGGAAUGUUGGAAUGGGAGUCUGCUCUAUGUUCUCCCGGGUUGGAGGGAUCAUUGCUCCUUUCGUCCCAUCUCUGAAAUAUUUCCAGUGGUAUCUGCCAUAUAUUGUGUUUGGAGUGGCAAGUUUAUUAUCUGGUCUUCUGAGUCUACUACUGCCAGAAACCCUAAAUAGCCCUUUGCUGGAGACAAUAGCUGACCUGCAAGUCUGUUCAUACCGGAAACUGGGAGAUGAAGCAAUCUCAUUGCAAGCACUAGAAGAAUCACAUACUGGUCAAGAUUCUACAGGGAGUGGAAGUGAAGAUGAAGAAUUUUACGAUGCUGAUGAAGAGACUCAAAUGAUCAAGUGAUAGAUAAAAAACUCUUUUGUUAAACGUUAUAUGAUCUUUGAAUGAUCCAGUCAACCUUACCUGUACAAACGCAAAGACCAGGAACAACUCGACAGAAACACAGUGUUGUGUCUAUGUUUAAGAGAAAAGCAGGACUUGUGUCAGAACUGUUGCAACAGGACAAAAAGUCCAUUAAGGGAUGACUGCUGGCAGAAGACUGCUCCUAAUUCUGGGGCAAGUAAACACUUAGUGUAUCCGAUGUCCACAUCCCUCUAGUUGUGUUACAAUUUUUUCCCUUCAGAUUUAGUUUGUAUUUGUUACUUGUGAGAGGCCUAUUUUUAAUUUUUUAAAAAUUUUUAUUUUGUUCUGGUGAAACUUGAGAAGCAUUAUUACUUCUUUGACAGAAACGUGUUGUGCAAUACUGCAAAUAUGAUAUUUGUGACAUGAAUGCAAUUCCUGUGGAUUUUGCAUUGUGUGAAAUUUUAAUCUUGGGGUGACACAGAAGCAGUGAAUGAGGCACUCCUUUUAAAUGAAGUAACAAUGUAGAGAGUAAAAACUGAGGCGACAGAUACAUUUGACUUCCAGGAUCACUGACUCCCAAGUAAUGGUGCAUCCAUAACUUGAAUUUUAAACUUCUUGUGUUGCAGUAGUAUUUUGGACAAGAGCCCAGUUUCUUUUGAAUUACUAUGUUCCCGCUUUAAGAUACUGCUGCUCUGUAUUUUUAUUUCGAACGUGAUAGCUUUAUUACAAAGGAAUAAUAUAUUUUGUUAUGGACUACCUUUGCCUUACGAAAACAGGUACUAACAGGAAUGUCUCUUUGUUCCAUCAAACAGACAAUAUCACAAGUGUAGCUAAUUUGGGUUCCUGUUACGUUUGUGUUUGCUUGCCUCUGUGGUAUUGAAAGACCAACAGUC